GCCAUUGCUUGAUAUUUGAGUAGUAAACCUCGUAGAGAAAGGCGAAUAUUUUUAAUCCAGACGAAAUAUUUGCAAAACGAACACCAACUCUCGAUUAAGAUUAUCAAUCUGCUUCAUUGCAGUGAAAAAUUAACGUAAAUCCCCCCGUGGUUUUUGAGAAAUCCUAGUGCAGAGAUGUCGGGUUUUCUCGGGCGAGAGACGCUCAUGCCUUCCGCGGCUAAGCGGGGAAAGCGUGGCCGAAAGCAGGAGAAAGUGCCGACGCCGGCCCCGGACUUCGACGCCGAUUCAGAGUCAAGUUCGUCAGAAGAAGACGAACGUCCGCCACCGAAGAAGAUAAAAACACCAACGAAAGCGAGAAAUAUUUCCUCGUCGUCAUCCAGUUCUGAAAGCAGCGACUCAUCAAGCAGCAGUGAUGACCCCGAACCUAUGCAAGAAAAUGGUGGAGAGGUGAAAGAUGAAGUUAAAAUGGAGCCUGGGUCAGUUGGUAAUUGGAGCGUUGAGGAUUUAGAGCACCUGACAGCAGUCGUUUUGAAGUCACUUACCUCGAAUGACACCAUGAAGUACACAAAACGUCUCGAGCGAAUGAAUUGGGAACAAAUCAAAUUCGGCGUCUAUUCCGCUGAGGACUGCAAGAAGCAGUGGGUCCAUAUGUAUUCCAAGGUUCGAACUCACCGCACGAUGAGAGAGCUUGCAUCUGAUGUUAAAGAAGUCGUCAGUAACAACAAAGCAAAUUUUGAGUUCCUUGACAGGAAUGGCCGACUGAUCCAUCCGGACAUGCCGAAGAAGCCACCAACAGCGUACUUCAAGUUCGUAGCAGAAAAACGAGACCAUUACAAGAAGAAGCAGCCUGAACUGAACAACAUUGAGCUGACGAAGAUACUGGGGAAACGAUAUAAUGAGCUGAGUGAUGCGAAGAAGAAAAAGUACCUUGACACUUAUAAUGAAGAAAUGAAGAAGUACAAGGCAGCGUAUGAAAAGUUCCAGGCGGAGCAUCCUGAACUUUUUGUGCCAAAAUCAAAAUCGAAAUCGAAAAAUAAUUUCACCCGUCCUUUGUCAGCUAUGCAGAUUUUUAUAAAUAGACGAACAGAGGAACAUUUGUUGGAAAAUCCUGAGGCGAACCGCAAGAAAAUUCAUGAUGUGCUCAAGAAUAAGUGGAUGAAAAUGAGCUCAGCGAGGAAGGAUAAAUACGUCAAGAAAGCAAUCGAGGAUAAGAUUAGACUCGAGCAUGACUUGGAUGAAUACUGCAAGGCUCACCCAGAUUUCGACGCCAGCGCUGUGAAGAAGAUGUAUGAUCGCACUAAGGUGGAGAAAGAGGUUCUGGAUAAGGCUUCAGGGAAACCGGCCCAGCCCCCAAGGAAUGCCUACAUGUAUUUCGUAUCUGUACACAUGUCUGAACCUGCUGCUGGGAAGACAACCAAGGAACACAUGGCAGACGUUCGCAUCAAGUGGAAAAAUCUCGGUGCUGCAGAAAAAGCGAAACAUGCCAGGUUGUUUGAAGAGAAAGUUGUGAAGUAUGAGCACGACUAUGCGGCUUGGAAGGAAGGUCUCUCACCCGAGGACAGGGAGAAAGCAGAGGCGGAGGAAGCUGCAUCGACACCAAAAAGGGCCAAGAAAGAGCCACCUGCCCCGCCGCGCACACAAACCACCAUCAUGGAGACCUUACAGCGGAAGCCAAUCAGUGCCCUGUUCUUAUAUCUCGAAGAAAAGAAACAGAACUAUAAGAAAAAACAUCCUAAAUUGUCUGAUCCUGAAGUGACGGAGGCUCUGUCCAAAAAGUAUGAGGGUCUCAGCUCUGAGAAAAAGCACAAAUACAAGGCACUUGAAAUAAAAAAGAGAAAGGAAGAAAAAAUGAAAUUGAUGGAAAAUGGUGUCCCUGCCAGCCCAGGCCGUGCCUCUCCUUCCCCUGUACCCAAGAAGGUGAAGAAAAAGCCAUUCCCAGGAGAGCCGAAGAAAGCCCCAUCGAGCGGUUAUUCAUUGUUUUCAUGCGAACAGUUGCAAGGGAAACAACUCGCAGAUGUCCCCAGUAGCCAGCGUAUGUUUGUGAUAAGCAAGAAAUGGAAGGAAUUGUCGGUCGGGGAGCGCGAGAAAUUCAAAGCCACGAGAGAAAAGAUGGUUGCCAAGUACAAAAAGGAUGUUGAGAAGUUUCGUAAUUCCUUGUCGCCAGAAGAUCGGGCCAAAUUUGACGAAACCCACCCACAGAAUUCUAAGUCCAAGAAGAAACCAAGUGCCAAAACAGGAAAGGCUGAGGUGACCCAGAAACCCAAAGAAGAAUCUGAAGACUCAAGUUCAGCGUCCAGUUCGUCUAGCAGCAGUGAAUCAAGUAGUAGUUCUGACUCUGACUCGGAAGAGGAGGUCCCGAAUGUCAGGUCGCCGUCCAAAGUACCAACCCCUAAGGUCAAACUAGUUUCGAAAAAAUCCAGCUCAUCCUCAUCCUCAUCAUCAGAUGAGGAAUCCGAAGUCAAACGGCCGCCAGUGAAAGCAUCGCCAGUGGUCACCCCUAAGAUUGCUGCCAAAAAGACGGCAGACUCGAGCGACGAUAGCAGCAGCGAGGAUAGCGACAGCAGCAGUAGCAGUAGCAUUGCCAGUGGGCCGUCGAAGACAGUGGUCAGCACGGCUGUGAACAGUCAACUGAGUAGCUCCGGGUCGGACUCGGAUUCUGAUUAGGGAAGUUUCCGUGAGAAGGCGUCGGGAGAGCGUUUUUUGAGGAACUAUCCAUAAACCAAGUGACUUAUGAUCAUAUUCGAACUCUGAAUCGGAUUGUCUGCUGGAAUUCGUUGAGCAGAAAAUCUAGAUACCUACCUAGAUACCCAGAUUUUCUCAGAACAAUUGAAAAAUCUGCUUGGAGUUUGACUCCAGCUUUUCAGAAUACAGUAGCAUGAUGAGUAGACUGUGAAGGAGAGCCCAAUGGUAAACAGUAAACUUAUGAACUUCUACUUUAAACAAUUCGAACUCUGCUAAAGAUAGUUACGUCUCGUUGUCUGCUCAGAGGAGUUUGCUCAAUUCGGUGUACUGUACGACACUGCCAGUAUUGCAUUUCUUAAACUCUGACACUGUUCACAUUGGUUGAUAUUUGAAUUUGUGCUGUGUAACUAAAAAUGAUGAUUUGUAUAGAUACAAAAUCACUGCCACUUAUCACAUUGGAUGUUGCCAAUCAGAAUUUGUGUUAUGUUGCUAAAAAGACUUGUUGUCAUAAACGUUAGGAGGUAUGAGAAAGUUUUUUGUAAGGAGUUUUGUGCUGUAAUAGUUUUGUUCUGUGGAAAAAAAGUGGGCCAGAUGUUUGGAGCAAAUAUUGAAAUACAUUUAAAUGUUUCAAUUUGAAAAUAUAUAUAGAUAUUUUUUAUGCGAGAGAUUUGUCAUAAGAUUUCAAAUAUGCCUGUUUUAUAUUGUUUCGAAUAUAAUGUUAUAAUGUUUUUACUUAUAAUUUUACUAAGACAGUGAAAGUGAAGACUGUUUGAAAAGUAAUUAUGACUGAAUUCCUGAAUGAGGGGUUUGAUUGUUCUACAUGUAUGUUUGAGUUCCGUAAUCAGUAGAGAUCAUGUCUUAAUUUUCAUCGCUGAUUUUAGGCAGUAGAGAUGUGUAUUUUGAUCGACUUGAUUGAAAGAAAGUCACUAUGGAGAGCGGCAAAUAUGUAAUUCAUGCAAGCUGCCAGGCAUGAUGUCAUCACGUGGGAAAAAGUACCUAGUAUAGAGUGGAUGCCGGAAAUAUCAGUUCAUCUUAAUUGAGUGUCUUAAAUUUUUGGUCAGAUAUCUCAGAAAUCGUACAAAUUUUGCAAAAAGGUAUAUAAUGCCUAAGUAAUUUUUAAAAAUCUGUUGAUGUGUAUAUAUGUACAGUAGAAUGUCUCCAUUAAGGACUGUUGGCAACUGUAAUUAAAACCUAACGCAAAUAUUUCUGGGUUAAGGUAUUGCAGGGAAGUCCUGCGGUGGCUCGUCUUUGCACAUUGGGUUAUGGGGUGGGUUGAGUUGACCAGCCGAGGUUUAUAUUAGUGGCUCACUUCUAUGCAAGCGAUUUUGUUGUAAGUUUAGUGACAACUGUUGAUAAUUGUAACAACAAUUGCUGUUAACUGCAAAUUUUUGGCACCUAUGUUCGCGAAAAUUUCAGAAAAUAAUUUUUGCUGAUUACGUAUAAAUUUCUUUUUGUUUUUUGAAUGAAAAUAUAUUUUCGAUUUUUAUUUGGCAGAUCAGGAUUAUGCACCAAAUCCCCUAAAAUAAAGUGUGCUCGAAAAUUUGGGUGUUUUCAGUUGUCUGUUGACAGUCAUACAUAGGUCAGAAUAAGGUUUGUAAUUUGGAGCUACAUCCAGGAUUCUCCACAGGGUUUUCUCAAGUCUUGAUAUUCAAGAAGUUUUGUCAGUGGGUGACACAAGGUUGGAUGACAAAAAAUAAAUGGUAGUGUGGCCUUAUAGAAACCCUUUACAAAUUCUAGAGCAGGGGGGGUGGUAAGCUGUCAAGGCAGUGUGUUAAGUUGCCAAGCUAGGGUGGCUCUUCCAAGUUCGGGUCAUAUGCUGCCAAUGUAGGGUGAGCCGCUCUGACAAAUGGUCUGUGGGGAAUACUGACCUCAAAUGAUCAGGCCAACACAAAAUUAGAAUAAGUUAGUGCCAAUCCUUUACAUUGCUAAUUAUAUGUACCAAGGAAAUCAGUUCCUCAACUCUGCAGGGCAGGUCAGAUCUUGACUUCGGGCCCACCACCUUCACAAGUUUGCCCCUUCAAUAAGUUCAAAUUGUGUUGUGCAUUUAUGUACAGGGGGGGAAUUUCUGAAGUAAUGAAAAUUCUUAAGUUCCCCACCUAUAGGUCUUCAGUAAACUUGAACCCCUUACUGAUCCUUGAUUCAGUGGCCCUCCACAAAGAGUUGACAAACUAGUUUCCUCCACGUCAAGUUGCCAAACCUAUAAAUAUCCCCCGGCAGUCUGAGGGACCGAUUCACUGUGGUGAUACAUAGAAUGUUAUCUGAUCAAUGUUAUUGGUGAUUGGUGAAUGUCACAAAUGGUAAUUUUAUAUUUGUAAGAGAUGUUUCCUAUUUGUGAGAGAUGUUUCCAUGGUAACGGAUGCAAGUGUGAUGCAAUAAAAGAUGAUUAUGUCAA